AUGCUCAGAGGAGGAAGCGGCUCCUGCUGGACCCAGAAGGAUGGAGAUGGCGUCCUUAACUCCCGGAGGAGUGGGAGCAACUGCGGCCGGCUUGAAAGUGAUGUUUGAGGACGUGGCUGUAUAUUUCUCCCUGGCUGAGUGGGCGGAGCUAGCCAAAUGGCAGAAGGACCUCUACCGGGCUGUGAUGGUGGACAACUAUGAAGCAGUCACCUCUCUGGGGCAUCUGUCCAUCAAACCGGAGCUCAUCUGCAAAAUAGAGCGCAAAGAGGAGCCCUGGAUGGAGGAAUCCCUAGAACCCCUCAAAUGGAAGAGACCCUGGUUGGUCCUCAGGCUGAGUAACAACAUGAAGCAGAAUUCUCAUCGGGACGUUUCCAGGGUGACGACACUGCAGAAUCCUGAGCCGGGAGAGACUUUGGAGAGCUGCUUGCCUCGUAGAUCGGUGAGGCGAAUAAAUGUGGAGAGAUUCACUGAGUGCUGCCAAGGUUUUAAGACUUGGAAAGGACCCGGAGUCCAUCAGGACCAAGGGGGAAGUAGGAACGCACACGCCGUCUGCGGGCAGAACAGCCGGAAGCAUCCGAGACGCAAGGCAGACGAGAGCCAGAGCCUUUGGAAGUGCCCCAAUUGCGGGAAAGGGCUCUCCAAUCAAAACGCCUUCAAAAGGCACCAGAAAUUCCACACGGGCGAGAAGCCCUACCAAUGUCGAGAGUGUGGGAAAAGCUUCAUGGAGAGCAGCCACCUCACUCAGCACCAGAGGAUCCACACGGGGGAGAAGCCCUACACGUGUUUGGACUGCGGGAAAAGGUUCACUCAGAUCUCGCACUUCAUUCACCACCGGAGGAGCCACACGGGAGAGAAGCCCUACGGCUGCCCCGAGUGCGGGAAAAGCUUCAACUUCAAGUCGGCUCUGAUUCGCCACCACCGGAUUCACACGGGAGAGAAGCCGUACGAGUGCCCCUUGUGCAGGAAAAGAUUCAACGUCAGCUCCCACCUGGCUCGGCACCAGAGGAAGCACCUCAAAGAGGCAGCGCUCGAAGCUGUAGAGGGCUUAAGAGGAAACCCAGUCUUUCUUGGGCGCUGCGGAGCACCACGGCCGUACCACUGCAUGAACUGCGAGAAAGGUUUUUUCCGGAGCGGAGACCUCGUGAGACACCAGAGGAUCCACACGGGAGAGAGACCCUAUCUGUGCAGCAAAUGCGGGAAGAGCUUCAGCUUCAAAUCCAGCCGCCUGAGGCACGAGGCAGGACACAUACGAGGGGUUGCCCUGAAGUGCUAGAUUUCCUGAAGCCGAGAGGAGCUCUUCUCCAGCUUUGGUGAUGGGAUUCCCAAGAAUGCGACAUGCAGAGACUUUCCUGCAUACUAAUAACAAGCAAAGCGGCAAAGGAAUUCUGCAACUUCAACAUUUUCUGCAAUCAGAAUAAAUUCUGCAACCAAAAAAUGGACAGUCUUUUUCCCGAAGUGCACUUAAUUUGCACACCUUGUUCUUUCUGCACAUGUUUGUUACUGAGAAUUUUUGUAGAGAAUUUGCCUCUAUAUCAAACCCCUUGUUUUGUUUUGCAUUGUUUUGGUAUGUUAUAAAUUAAGCUUGGGGGAUGUACACAGGGUUGGAAAGGAGAUUGUGUUUCUCGUAACAGAUAUGAAGAACCCUGCCCUGCCUCCACCCGAUCCCAGCUGCAGAAAUAAAGAGGUGCGGUUAAGACUGCCUGCUGUUGACUUGGAAAUGGCACACAUUUCUUGGAAGGUCACAAAGAUUCCUUGCUAUUUAAGUGUCCCUUCAACCAGGCAAAGCUAUACAGGCAGAGGGCCUUUCAGUAGUGGGGCCCGCCCUGUGGAACGCCCUCCCAUCAGAUGUCAAGGAAAUAAACAACUAUCUUGACUUUUAGAAGACAUCUGAAGGCAGCCCUGUUUAGGGAAGUUUUUAAUGUCUGAUGUUUAACCGUGUUUUUAAUAUUCUAUUGGGAGCUGCCCAGUUAUUAUUAUUAUUAUUAUUAUUAAUUAUACAAUCCCCCCAGCAGUUCUCCAUCCCCUUCUGUAUGUUAUAACAACACCUUGAACUUUGUAGCCAUCCAGUUGUGAACCCAACUAGAAACUUGGGGUAUAGAAAGUUCAGCUAAAGCAGGAUCCUGAAGCAGAGAUUUUCAGAUUCUCUCCCUCUCUUUAAUGUGAGAGAGAUUCCUGCCCAACUCUGCUCAGGAGUCAAGACAACAGAGAUGGUCAGUUCAGUUGGCCUUGUUUGUCCUUACCCCAAGCUUGGGGCGCAGUCCAAAACAACUAGAAGGCACCAGAUUGGGGAAAUUUGCAGUAACUGGUAAGCAAACUGCGUAAGCCCGCAAGAGACGAUGCGGGGAAAUAAAAAUCCUCUUCUGUCGGAGCUCAGGUUUGUAAAUAAAAUCUGAAACACAGCAGACAGAGACAACCAUUGGGACUAAGUGUGCAAGGUUGGCUACAGGGGAGGAAGCAGGAUCCUUGCCUCUCUUAACCGUUGCCUUUUUGAAGCGCACUACGUAAGCGCUUAGGGAGGAGCAAACCAACAGCAACAUUGCAGAACAUAACCUUGUCAUUGCAGCAGCGUGAUGGGGACAUUACAGGUAGGUACAUCUGCCCCUGUGCUUUGGAAUGAGAAGGAAUGUGCUUUUCUCUGCCUUGUUCCACCCCGUAACGGCUUUCAGGUGUACUCCGAUGGGAACCACAAUGAGAAACUUAACUGCCGUGCAAAGACCAAAAUCCUGUCUCUGCCCCUUAGGCAGAGAUGCAGCUGGAGAAGAAAUGUUUAAAAUAUUCCUGUCUUUGAGCAGGACGGUGAGAAGGUGUUUUUUGGGGGUGACCGCUGAUUUUAUGCCAGAUGCCAGAACUGUUCAGCUCUUGUGAUCCAGCCCAAUGCCAAAAUGGAGAAAAGAGAGAGAUGGGGGUGUCCCACUCACGUUUGGCUGUGGCCCCACCUGCAGCCCUUGGCAGGAAAAAAAAAAGAUCCCCACUCCUGGACUAAAGCCACAGUUCUCACUUUGGGUGAGAAACAUCCUGGGUUCAAUCCUCAGACAAGCCCAUGCGUUGUAAAUACAGAGACUCCAUGCAGAUAGUCAUUUGAAUGCAUCGUGAUUUAAAUUCACAAUGGGUAUGCUGUGGGAAUGGGGGUAAGGAAGUCAAUUUCAUCUGUGAACUUAAUGCACACAUAUUUAGGAGUUCUGUAUUUUUUGCACCAUAACACUCACUUUUUUCCUCCUAAAAAGUAAGGGGAAAUGUCUGUGCGUGUUAUGGAAGGAAUGCCUACGGGUGGCAUGUCUACGGAUUUUCCUCCUCUAAAAACUACGUGCGUGUUAUGGUCGGGUGCGUGUUAUAGAGCGAAAAAUACAGUAAUUCUCUGGAUGUUUUUUUUUUUUAAAAAAAUCAAGACCCUAUACAGUAAUUUUCAAAUUGUUCUCUGUUUCUUCUUACCUGUGGGCUAAGCCCACUGAAAUUACUGUACAUGAAUGCCAUUCAAAACAUGUAGCUCUUCAACAGAAUACUGCUUGGCACAUGUUGCAGCAGAGGGCCAAUCACUGGAGUUUGCCUUUCUAGGGCAAAUUUUGUGAGUGGCAAGUAUUCUGCAUGCAUAUGCGCGAAAGGAUAUAUAUAAUCCAAAUGCACACACCGUAAGGAAUUCACAUUCUACCAUCCGAAUCCAGUUCACACAGUUUUAAGUAGAAUUGAUUGAUUGAUUGAUUAUUUAUUUAAAAUGGGGAUGAAUCAGAAGGGAGGGGGAGAGUUAAGUGGAACUGGAAAAGCACAGAGGAGCAGGGGGAAAUCAAGGCCAAGGCACCCUCCAAAGCAUUAAAACCAUGCCCACUUAAUGAAGGAGAAUUCUAGCAAGCCCUCAUAAACUAGGCAACCACCAAAUAAAGAGCCAGACACCUGGGUUGUUGUUUUUUUAAAAGAUGAUUUUAAAGCUGACAUUCUUACACUGCCGACUUCUUGUACCAAAUGCUGCAUGUGCGACUGAUCCCACAGAUGUGAAACAUUUCCUACACCCUUGGAAAUAACGCCCUGAAACAGACCGUGAAAGUGGACUGCCCGCCACUUCCUUUUAAACACUUCCUCCCUCUGCACCCCAUGCUUUUAUCCACCCCACUUGGGAGACCGAAUGCACACAGCUUUGCCUGAAAAGAAAAAAACCUAAGAAUCAACAGUCUUAGGCCAAGAAAAGUGGCAUUCCUUUGCCUUUAUAAAUCAAGCAAACAUACCCAGAAUCAGAAUUCUAGAGUUGGAAAGGGACCACAAGGCUCUUUUGUCCGAUAUGGGGCUUGAGUCUCAUGCUCUACAGGCUGAGCUAUCUCAGCAAGAAUAUAUUAUUAUGCACCACUGAUUCUGUUUCAGCUAGUUGCAGAGAGGAGCAAAAAUCUAUGCAUGGUGCUGACUGCCUCCCAAGGUCACCCGUAAGAAGUGCUGCUCAUCAUCCCUUCUGUGGCAUCUUGAGAUCUAUUGAGGCAUGAAUACUGUGCACUGCCAAGUCCAUCUCCAUAGCAUUAAGGGAUGGAUAGAAAUCUUAGGGCACCAUCCACCCAUUACUUCCAAAGCCUCCAUGGGCUUCAAUUUCAAGUUAAUAAUAUGUGCCCCGUUCCCACUGCAAUAAUUGGGACUUACUGUGGCAGGAGUGCAAAGGGAAUACAGGGGUACCUUGGUUCUCAAAUGCCUUGGUACUCAAACAACUUAGAACCCAAACACUGCAAACCAGGAAGUAAGUGUUCCGGUUUGCAAACUUUUUUCGGAAGCUGAACAUAAUCCAUUUUGAGUGUCCCGCUUCCGUUUCGAGUGCUGCGCUGAGGUCUGUCUGUUUUUGCUAUUUAUUUUGCGUUCUUGUUUUCAUGGCUCUUUUUUGUUUUGUUUUUGUGACUGUGUGGAACCCUGUUCUGCUACUGAUUGAUUGUGUGACUGCAGUACAGUGGUACCUCGGGUUACAUAUGCUUCAGGUUACAGACUCCGCUAACCCAGAAAUAGUACCUCGGGUUAAGAACUUUGCUUCAGGAUGAGAACAGAAAUUGUGCAGCGGCAGUGGGAGGCCCCAUUACCUAAAGUGGUACCUCAGGUUAAGAACAGUUUGAGGUUAAGAAUGGACCUCCGGAACGAAUUAAGUACUUAACCUGAGGUACCACUGUACAUUGUUUAUUGCUUUCAUUUUAUGGAUCAACAGUCUCGUUAGAUAGUAAAAUUCAUGUUAAUUUGCUGUUUUAGGGGUUGUUUUUAAAAGGCUGGAACAGAUGAAUCCAUUUUGCAUUACUCUCUAUGGGAAAGCGCGCCUUGGUUUUGGAACGCUUUGGUUUUGGAAUGGAUUUCCGGAACGGAUUAAGCUUGGGAACCAAGGUACCACUGUAAAUGAGCUUUUAAGGAUAUCACCUGUAGCUCUCCAGAUGUUGCCGAACUACACCUCUAAUCACUGGUUAUGCUCGCUGGGGCUGAUGGGAUUUGGAAGCCCUACAACAUCUGGGCGGCCACAGGAAAGCUACCCCUGCUCUGGCAGCUUCAGGGCGCAAUGGCACAACUCUGCUUUCAGACCACCCCAUUUCUCACAGAUGUACAGUAUCACACCAACCCACAUAUUCAAACAUCAUUAGUCUGAGGAAAGCCACAGUUCACAUGUGGAGUGGAUGGGGGGGGCGGGAGAGAUAGACCCUGCCCCUAUAAAAGGAAUACUGCAACAGUGUCUUUUGCCUCUGGGAAGCAUACAAUCAAGGCUGGAAAGCAAGACUUCUUGCCUCUAGGUCCAUCCGCAUUACUUGGUAAAGGAACGAGCGACAAAUAACACAGACACAUAAAGGUCUAGCUUGGGGAUACCUGAAUGUAUUUUGCAUUCCAGUGAUUUGCUCUUGGUACAGAACCAAGAGAGAGAGAUCCCCAUAGAUACCACGAGGCCCCAGGCCUUUAACUCGGCAAUAGGAAAAGUGAAGAUUCGGAGCAACAAGUUAACACUUUUUCUAGGCUUUUAAAAAAACAGAAACAAAACCCACACAGAAUUACAUGAUUUCUCUAUCUUGUGGACAGAUGCAAGUAGUGGAAGGGAGGCAAAAUUUGGCUGAGCUUGUCGCUACCACACUAGAGGAAACAUCCCACAGUACAUUUCAGAGAGCAAUUCAAAGUGUUGGUGCUGACCUUUAAAGUGGCCUAAACGGCCUCAGCCCAGUAUACCUGAAGGAGCAUCUUCACCCCCAUUCUUCUGCCCAGAAACUGAGAUCCAGCUCCGAGCGCCUUCUGGCGUUCCCUCAUUGCAAGAAGCGAGGUUACACGGAACCAGGCAGAGGGCCUUCUUGGUAGUGGCGCCCGCCCUGUGGAACGCCCUCCCAUCAGAUGUCAAGGAAAUACACUUACUAUCUGUCUUUUAGAAGACAUCUGAAGGCAGCCCUGUUUAGGGAAGUUUUUAAUGUUUGAUGUUUUACCGUGUUCUUAAUAUUCUGUUGGGAGCAACCCAGAGUGGCUGGGGAAACCCAGACAGAUGGGCGGGGCAUAAAUAAUAAAUUAUUAGAAUAAACUGACUUGUUUUUAGUGUUUAGACCUUCCUGAUGGAGCCAUUCUCUCACCCAUGUGUGAGGAGGCCUGAGCUGGGUGCUCCAGCUCAGCUGUGUAUGGUUUUAAACAGCCUCUUUUGCUUCAGACAAGAACGGAGUCUGAAACUAGUGUUUUUUUAUAUAGCAAUUACUUAGGAACUUUUUGCCAUUUUGUAACCAAGCAACAUUUUACUGCCUUUGCAACUUUGUUUUUAUUGCUGUAUGGAAAAGCCCAUGAAUCUGACCUCUGAAGAAUUUUGUAAGUAAACCAGUUUAUAACUUACUAAA